CGGAGCUCAGAAGCUCCUGUUGUUGUUGUCCUUGCCGCUACCUCCCGCUACCCGGCCAAGCUGGCUGGCAUGUCACAUGAACAGACGGGCAAGUGUAAGCGUAUACGUUUAAUUGAGGCCGUUGGGUUCACGGUAUUUCAGCAAACGGACGAGCCGUUUGUCGGUCGCUCUCUUUCAACUGUCCGCUAGCUUAGCUUGCUAACCACUCAGCGACACAGUUAAUGGCAUGCGUGUGAAUUGGAGCGCUCUACCUCGUUGCGUUGACCAAAAAAGGGGGCAGUUCUGCUUUCUGUUUCUGACCUAGUGGAUGAUAAAUCCUUCCGACUUCCCGUAAAAGGCACAUAAACUGCUAUGGAGCCGCAGGCGGCUGUGGGCUGUGUGAACAUCGGCAGUCUGACCAGUACCUUGCCGGUGAUCCCCUACCAGAAGCUGACAGACCUGUACUACCUGAGUAGAGGGGGCUUCGGCACCGUGUUCAAGGCGCAGCACUCCGACUGGAGGACCACUGUGGCCAUCAAGUGCCUUAAGCUCGACUCUCCUGUGGGUGAAAGAGAGAGGAACUGCCUGCUGAAGGAGGCCGAGGUUCUCCACAAAGCGAGAUUCAACUACAUCAUCCAGAUCUUUGGGAUCUGCAACGAGCCGGAGUUCUUCUGCAUAGUCACAGAGUUUAUGAGCAAUGGUUCCCUGGACCUGUUGCUCCAUGAGAAGGACAUGUACCCUGUGCUUGCCUGGCCUUUGCGACUGAGGAUCCUGUAUGAGAUCGCUCUGGGUGUCAACUUCCUUCAUAACAUGAACCCACCACUCUUACACCACGACCUAAAGACACAGAAUAUACUGUUGGAUGGUGAAUUUCACGUUAAGAUUGCAGACUUUGGUCUUUCAAAGUGGCGGCAGCUGUCUGUCAGUAAAGGCUCAGGGUCGAUGCCCACAGAGAUGGGGGGCACGGUGAUCUACAUGCCCCCCGAGGAGUACGAACCAUCCAAGAGCCGCCGGGCCGACGUGAAACACGACAUGUACAGUUAUGCCAUCAUUAUGUGGGAGGUGCUGUCCAGGCAGAUUCCAUAUGAAGAGGUGACCAACCCCAUGCAGAUUAUGUUCAGUGUGCUGCGUGGGAUGCGUCCUGACACGAGCCUGGACAGCCUGCCCGCUGAGAUUCCCAGCAGAGGGACCCUCAUCAGCUUAAUGACCUGUGGCUGGACCAGUAACCCCGAUGAGCGACCUUCCUUCCUCAAGUGUUUGAUUGAGCUGGAGCCAAUGGUGAGGCGGUUUGAUGAAAUUGACUUCCUGGAGGCCGUGUUGGAGAUCAAGAGGUCAAAGUUGAUGCAGAGAUCAGGCUGCUGUUCAGCCCCGCCAGUGAAUGAGAAGAGUAGUGAGGAGGGAUCCCUGAAUAUGCUGAAGGACAGGCCCAACAUCUGGCUGGAGACUUCCACGUCGGGCUCAGGGUCUUGUUCCUCCCAGGAAACAGAAAUAUCUCUACCAGGCGCCCUCACUAGCAGCAAUGCAGCGCCCUCUAAAGAGGGGCUUCCGUCGUCAUUAAUAGCUCAUGGAGCUCUGGAGUCUCCUGGGUCUCUGAAGGACCACUGUGUAGCCAACAAUCUGCACAGCUACCAGAGUGCCAGGCCCAUGAAUGAUUUGAACAUACCCAUCAAACCUGGCCCGCCCAUGACUGAGUAUGAGACACGACUGGAUAACCUCACUCUCAAUGCAAAGCCUCAGAAACAAGCUGAUUACACCCCUCCGUUGCGCAAUGCGUCUCCCACAGAAGGCCCCAUCACCCAGUGGAUUGCGAUGCGGCGUGAAGAGAUUGUCUCCCAGAUGACCGAGGCCUGCCUUAACCAGAGCCUGGACGCCCUGCUGGCACGCUCCAUGCUGAUGCGGGAGGAUUACGAACUGGUGGUGAACCAGCCCACCCGCACAGCCAAGGUGCGCCAGCUCUUGGACAACUGUCACAGGCACAACGAAGACUUCUGCCGCAUUGUAGUCCGCAAGCUGCAUGACAACAAGCAGAUGGGCCUGCAGCCGUACCCGGCUGAAAUCAGCUCCCCCACCACAAACCUGGUCCCCAGCGCACCACAGCUGUCCAUGUCCUACAAUACCAUCAGGAACAUGUAGCAGCAGUCGCAAGCAAUGGAAACUCUCCAGAUUAUAGAUGGUGCCAACUUUACACUACACUUAACUUUUGGUGGUUCCGUUGUCAUCAAGAUUGUCAUCGUGGUUCCUGUAAGUCUUUCCCUUAAAAAGACAGAGGAAGGGCUGAUUGAGUAAAAAGAGUUGCAGGUGUAAAAGCUAAGCUAUUGGCUUCAAAGUUACCCACUUGUCAGCUAGUGAAAAAGCUUAAGUUUUAUUCUGUAUAAUCAGAAUCAAAAAAUUUCGACUGAAUCAGUGAUUUUAUGUACUAAGUUCUGGAUUGGAUCAUUUAUAGUGCUUUCAUUCUGAGUGGAUGCAUUGCAGGGUUUCACUCCUUUUGGUAUGAUACGCUUUUUGUCUCCAGAAUCCAGUUAGUAUUAAGUAAAAGCAUAUUUAUGUA